CCUAUUCAGUUAAUCAAAAGAUUCACAACCACUUUCGUUUGGUUUUAGGUUUCUUUUUCCUUUCUUCUAAUCCGGAAAAACAGAGGACAAGGUUCGGGGAAGAGGAGAACGUGAAGAAACCCUACGCCUUCUUGAUCCUCAUUGCAGGGUGGAGGUGGAAAAUCGCAGAAGAAACAGGAAUCAUGGAUCUCUCAUCACUCACAGAGGCGCAACAACAGCAACUCCAACAGCUCCAUCAACAGUUUCAGCAGCAUCAGCUUCAACAACAGCAACAGCAACAGCAACAAGAACAACAACUCGCGGAACAACAGCAACAACAACAAGAUUUGUCCUCUCAAUACUACGAUCCAUCUCAAGUUCAAGCGUAUGAUCAAUCAAGCCAAGCUUAUUACUCUUAUCAUCAGUACCAGCAACAAUCACAGCAACAGCACUACGCUGCUGAAUAUUAUCCAGAUUACACCAAUACUUAUCAACCACAACCGCAACAAUCUCAGCAGGAAUCGGCAGCAAUCCAUCCUCCUGGCGUUUCGAUACAGUCCGAAGCAUCGCAAAUCUUGGCAGCGGCGCAGGGUCAGGGACAGGGCCAGUUUCAAGCACAAGGACAAGUGCAAGCACAGGGGCAGCAUCAGCAGAAUGCUUAUUACCAUCAAGGGGUUGGCGAGCAACAGCAGCCGUUACAGCAGCAACAGCAACAGCAACAGCCGCAACAGCCUCAACAACAGAACUCUUCGUAUCCGGUUCCCGCAGGAUUGAACCCAGCGGCUGCAGCAGCGGUGGCUGCCUUGUCACAAUUGACGCAAUUUGCCGGGACAAUGGAUGCAGCGGAAAGAGCGAUGGCCGGAUUGCAGGAGCGGCAAUGGCACCCCAAUGGGGGUUAUGCACCAGUUCCGAUGCCGAUGCCAAUGCAGGGUCCGAUGCCACACGGACCAUUUCCUAUGCGACCUGCGAAGACUUCUGCGCAGGUUGGGAGAUCUCCCUACAGGGGUGGUGGCAGAAGAGGUGGUGGACCAUUCAGAGGUGGUGGCCGAGGUAACUUUGGCCGCAGGAACUCCAGACCAGAUGACUCAGGCCCGCAAUUCCGUGGGAGGGGACGCAUGGGAAGGGGUGGUGGUAGGCGUUACCCACCACAUGUUGCAUCAUCUACUUCUCAUCCAGCUGCUACGUUGGACCAGGAGGCUGCAGCAUCAGCAGAAGAUGAGGGAGUAGCAUCAGCAGAAGGUGAGGGAGCACCAUCAGCUGUAGGUCAAGGAGAGACCUCACAGGUUCAAGGGCUGCUAACAUCAGUUCCAGCUCCAGGACAGGCAGCUUCUACCCGGCGUCCUGUACAGAUUGCAUGGUGUGAACUCUGUAGGGUUGACUGUACCAGUUUGGAGAUCCUUGAGCAGCACAAGAAUGGAAAGCGGCAUAAGAAGAACUUGCAGAGAUUUGAAGAGUUGCAGAAUGCUAGAAAAAAAAUACCCAUGAUACAAACUGAACAGAAGCCUGUCUCUGCAACAAAGAAUGAGGAAAAACCUGAACCAGCAUUGCCAAGUGAGGCAAAACCUGUGGCUGAAUUACAGAAUGAUAAAAAACUGGCAGAAGAAACAGAAAAUGACCCAGUACCUGUCCCUGAAACCAAGUCAGAAAUUACAACGCAGCUUGAAAAUGUACAGGGGACUGAUGAGAACAAGUCAAUUGCUGACAAUUUACAUACUGAAGUUCCUUCUGCCGAAAAUAAAAAGGACACCGAGCUGCCAAAUAAUUCUGAAGGGCAGUCUGAGACUACAAAGGUAGAACAGACAGAAGCACCAGCAAGGAAGUCAAGGAUGGAUUGGCUUGACUCUAGGAGGCGUGGUACGAAGCGGAAGAUGAGGGGGGGACGGGGGGGUAAGCGUAUGAGGAUGUUUGAAUCACCAAGGAUGCCAGUUGAGCCUCCAAAACCCAAAGAGGUGGUGCCCUUGAUUUGUGACUUGUGCAAUGUCAAGUGUGACACACAGGCUGUUUUUGAUUGUCAUUUGGCUGGUAGAAAGCAUAUUUCUAAGCUUAAGCGUUUUCAAGGCCACCAAGCUAUGUAUGGGCCAGUGGGGCUACAGGCUCUUUACCCGCCUAAUCCUAGUGUCCAGCCAACUUUUUUCGGCCCUCAAGGCAAUCCACCAGGAUAUUAUGAUCCUCAGGGAUCCUUCCCCCAGUUGGGAGGUUAUGGGUUUCCUCAAGCUCACCAAGCAACAGCAGCAGCCGCUGGUCAAGCUCAUCAAGCAGCAACAACAGCAGGUGGCUCAGAAUUGCAAGUUCAACGAUCCGAGCCCCAAGUCAUGCUUGAACCUGGAAUGCAGAAUGCUGAUGCAGUGGAACCCGAGGGUCAAAAGGAGACUUAUGCAGUGAAGGCAGAAGAACAAGCAGCCAUUUCUGUGGGGAGCAAAUCUGAAGACAGUAUUUCAGUUUCUGAAGGAAAGGAGUUGGCCCCUGCCCUGGAUAACUCAGUUGUGCCUCCAUCAAUGAAUGCUGUUAUGGAAGCUGACAAAGUUCUUCCGGCAACCGAUAAUUCUGGUUCUGCCCCAGUGUAAUCUUUUUUUGGGACUUCAUAUCAAAAUGGAUGACCAUGGUUCUCAGAAGAGGAACCAACCGCAUGAGUGGGUACUGCGCAUUUUCCAUUAUCCAUGCAACUUAAUGUUACUGUUUCUAAUCUAUGGUUGGUUGCCUUAGGAGGAAGAGUUUUACAGAUUCUGGUUUAUGCAAUUUUUGUUCAAGACUUCCCAUGGUACCUGGAAAUUCAUUAGACACGUCAAGGUCACCAUCUAUUAGGGGACAACUGACCUCUUAUUUUUUGUUUAUCAAGGUUCACUUUUUUGUUAUAAAUUACUUAAGGCUUCACUCUUGUUUAGUAA